CACAGGUAGCGUGCCUGCGCGGAUUUUUCUUCAAGGUGCUGGAUUAACACAUGAAGGCAUUUAGGGGUCAGCCUGCAGGGCUUGAUGUGGGUUUGGGGAGCCCGCUACCUGAACCUGUGAGAGGAGGAGAAGAAGAGAGAAAGAAGAGAGGGAGGGAGGCUGUGCGCUCCUCUCCCGGCAGAGUGCGUCCAGCUCCACGCACGCACACCACCGGGACUCACUCGGCUUCCAGGCAUCGAGCUGGAUGGUCUCCCCCGCUCCUUCUGCUGGAUAUCGCAAAUGAACAGUUUUGCCAACGCAGGCAAACUCUUCCCACCCGAGCACGUCCAGCCUCCUGCACCCGAUCCCCGCUGUUUUUAAAUCGUUGGCGUGUUUCGGCGACCUUUUCCCACCCAGUGCCGCUUUUGGAUUACGGAGGAGACGGAGCAGCCCGGGCACGCGAGACUCUGGGGAUAAUGGAACCGUGGUUAAAGUUGGUGCUGUUUUACAGUUGCUGUUUUGGAGCAAGUGCGGAGUUCGAUGGAAGGUGGCCUCGGCAGAUGGCAUCAUCCAAUGGCCUGUGUCGAUACGGGGCCAGGGUGGACUGCUGCUGGGGAUGGACGCGCCGCUCCUGGGGUCACUGCCAGCCUUUCUUCGCCUUAACUCACAGAGUAGUCGGGAUAAGGUGCCAGCCCCAAGCCGUGUGCCAGCCUGGCUGCAAGCAUGGAGAGUGCGUGGGACCCAACAAGUGCAAAUGUCAUCCGGGCUUCACCGGCAAGACCUGCAACCAGGAGGAGACGCUGGACUAUUUAACCCCCCCGGUGUGGGGCGGCUACCUUCCCGUCUUUCUUCCCGUGGACCAUCAGCCAGUGGAAGUGGUGACGGAGGACCUGAAUGAGUGUGGGCUGAAGCCGAGGCCCUGCAAACACAGGUGCAUGAACACAUACGGGAGCUACAAGUGCUACUGCCUAAACGGCUACAUGCUGAUGCCUGAUGGGACCUGUGGAAACGCUCUCAGUUGCGCCAUGGCCAACUGCCAGUACGGCUGCGAGGUGCUGAAAGGAGAGGUCCGAUGUCAGUGUCCGUCGCCGGGCUUGCAGCUGGCUCCAGAUGGAAGAACCUGUGUGGAUGUGGAUGAAUGUGCAGCAGGGAUAGCAGUCUGUCCCCGGUUCAGGAAGUGCAUCAACACCUUUGGUAGCUACAUCUGCAAGUGCCAUGAAGGGUUCGACCUACAGUACGUUAAUGGGAAAUACCAGUGCAUAGACGUGGAUGAGUGCUCUUUAGGCCUGAGCCACUGCAGCAGCUUUGCCACCUGCUACAACACGCCAGGCUCAUACAAGUGCAAAUGCAGAGACGGCUACAGGGGGAUGGGGCACGACUGUAAACCCAUUCCAAAGGUGGUUAUUGACCCCCCGAGACCAGGCAAACUGCCUCCCAAUCAUCACAACCACAUCCCCGACCUGGAUCACAAAAGGAUUACCACGGUUCGCCCAUCAGUGACUCCAAAGAAAACCUUCCCCAUUGUUCCAAAACCGCCAGCCCCGGCCACAACCAAAGCCCCACCAACCCCCAAGAAGGUCACCCCACCUCCACGCAGGCCAGCAGUUCCCACUCGAAAGCCUUUCGUCCCUACCAGAAAGCCAUCCAUACCCACACGUAAACCCUACGUCCCGCCAAGGCCAGUGGCUCCCACGAGAAAACCGCCACUACCGACCCCACCAGCAGUUACACCAGUAGACAACACCAUCCAGAGGGAGGUCACCAAACAAAGAGGAGAUGUGCACAUCCCCAGGAAUCCCGGCCACAACACCGUUCUCGACAUAGAUUUUGACAUUGAGCUCGGCAACACGGCAGACGAACCCCAGGAUGACCCAGACUCGGGGUAUUUGAGCUGCUCCUUUGAUGACGGUCUUUGUGGUUGGAUCAGCGACAAAGAUGGAGACCUGCACUGGGAGACGACGCCUGAUCCAACAGGUGGACGGUAUCUCACCAUCCCAGAAACAGGAAACAAGAGGACGGGACGGGGGGCCCGGCUAGUACUCCCUCUCACCCCGCCGUGGAAUGAUGGCAAUUUGUGCCUGUCGUUCCGACACAAGCUGGCAGGCCACCACGUGGGAAUGCUUCAAGUGUUUGUGAAGAAGGGAAAGCAGUUCAGCCCUGCAGUGUGGGGUCGAACGGGUGGCAACGGCUGGAGGCACACCCAGAUCACUUUGUGGGGUACAGGCCUGGAAAGUGUUAUCUUGAAGGGGGAGCGUGGGAGAGGGCGAAGUGGAGAGAUGGCUGUGGAUGAUAUCACCUUAAGGAAAGGCUCCUGCACAGAGGAGCACAAUCUGAGGAGACUCUGACUGACAGAACAGUGAAGGGCAGACAAAAAGGACAACGAGAGGAAAAACCACCAUAAAGAGAAUUGACUCUGUUGCGACACCUCCUUAUUCUGCUCUGAUCCUCACUUUAUCCCAUCUCAUCUCCCCAGUCCUCCUGUGAGUGGCAUCAAAAAUUAUGCAUAUGCAGAAUAGUGUUACAGGAGGUUUCUCCUAUUCAUCUGUCCAUGAUCAAGAAGGACUCAGCCGAAUCUCAUGGGGGGUAUUUUUGGCUGCACGCUCCGGUCCGCUCACCCCACAAUUUCAAUUCUCUGAAAUCUGCAUGAAUUAUGGAAAUGUGCUGCAUCUCUUAUAGCCCUGGCAGCCUUCAGCCACACCAGGAAGAAACAUCUAUUCAUGCGUUUUUUUUUUUCCAGAGAGAGAUCUGUUCCUUUGCCUUGCACCUUUGCGUUGUCCCAUUAUUGUAAACAAAAUCUACGUUUUUUUUAUUUUCUUGCUGUUGAAUCACACAACCAGAAAUGCAGCUUGUGACUGUUUUUGUUCAGGAAAAAUAUGAAACUUGGUGCUGUUGUAUUUUUAGGACAAGUUCCAUUUGCCAAAAUAGGAUAUUAAUUUUUUUUUUAAAUAGAUUUAAUACCACAUUAAAUAACAAAGUUCACAGUGCCACCAUGAUACUCUAUGUAAGUUGUUAAAUAAAUAUUCAUACUGUAUAUGUAUUAAAUUAUAUGCACAAGAUCAGCAUAUUAAUUGACGUAUAAUUAAUGCAUUCUAUACUUAAUCAUCAUGGAUUCUUUAAGUUAUUGAUAGAUUUAAAUUGUUAUACAUACAUUUCUUUAUUUCAUUCCUGUUUUUAUUACAUUUCCAAUAAACCAUUCAGACUUACAUGAAUUUAACAAAGUAUUCAUUUAUCAAUUAGUGGUACUUUGGGUCCUUUGUAAAUUUUAAACAGGUAAAUUAAAGGGAACGUUCAGUUUUUUGCGUGUAUUGAGUAUUCCCGCUACAAAAGCUCUUAGUGGUUUAGGUGACGGCAUCGUAUUUGGAGACUUUGUUACAUGUGUUUUGCAGUCUUGCACAAGACAUGAAGAGUCUUCAAUGUAAAGAAAAAAAAACUGGCUGACCCAAGGGUUCAGUCUUUGUUGGUGACAUAAAAAAGUAAUUUUAUUUGAGCUUAUUUGAGUUCUGCAUUUCUUUUUGACUCUCCAAAAGGAAUUUCUCCAAACAGAUUUCUGAGUGUUUCCUGCAGGGGAGAUAACGACUAUAUAUAAGUGCUCAUAUGCACAAAAAAAGACCCUACCUUUACAGCAUGUUUUUUUUUUUUGUUAGUCUAAUAAGACAGCUGUUGUACAUGGUUUUUAUUUCACCUGCUUAACAAAAUAUCUAAAACAUCUGCUGACAUGAGAUCAUUAAUCUCAAUGUUGUCCUUCCUGGUUAAAUAAAGGAUUAAUAAAACAAUAAAAACAAUUAUGUAUGUCUCUAGCUGUAACUGAUUAAUUGGAGACAUACAUAAUGUCUGUUGUAAACAAUAAACACACCAAAUGGAGUAUGUUUUUUUUGCCUGCAAUUUUAAAUGACUUUACCAUAAACUGUUUUUGUUAGCAGAUCUUAUACUUGUUCAUUUACAUUGUGGCCCUGGAAAAUCUCUUUAUCCAUCCAGUUCAGCUCUACAGCUUCUGCCUCCUAUUUCAUCACCAAAAGGACUUCAAAAAUCUCACUUGCUUGUCGGAAUGUGGUCAUUCUUGCACUGUAAGAAAAAAAAACAUUCUUUUAAAAAAAUCCUGUGAAAAAUCCUGGUGAUUGAUAUUACUUAUUGCUGUGGAUGAUCCUAUGUGUCUUGGAACAGCACAGGGUUUCUUUUUUUCCCCUGCAAAUUCAGAUCUGUUGUUCAGCACCGUCUCCAUCCUUAAUUUCAUCUGACGCCCCCAACUGCUCAAAACUCUCUUCAGAGACCUGAAGUAUAUAAAACAGAGCAGGCAAAGGAUUUUGGACACUCAAAAAUAAGCAGUUUCUUUGUAUUGUGCUUUGUUAUAUUAAAUAUAUUUGUUACAGACAAUGAUUGAAAAAAAAUGAUAUGAGCAGAAUGCUAUAUUUGUAAAUGUAGUCGUGUGUACAUACUCUGUACAAUGCCAUAUACUGUGUGAUUUAUAUGUUAUGUAAAUUCAUAUAUGAAUGUUGAUUGGACUUGGUUGGUAUUUCAGUAUUUAAUUAAAGAGUUGGUGGAAACCUUG